AGCCAGUAUUGCAAUUGGCAGAGUUAAGUACGAGCGAGACAAGUGAUUAAAAAAUGGCAUCCGCGCCGACGUCGCACAAUGAGGUUUCCCAGGAAUUCUCUGUCAACAAACUCAUACGUGUCGGUUAUUACGAACUGGAAAAGACUAUUGGCAAGGGAAAUUUCGCCGUUGUUAAAAUGGCCACCCACCUCGUGACAAAAUCUAAGGUUGCUAUUAAAAUAAUAGAUAAAACUAAACUAAAUGAAGAAAACUUAGCAAAAAUUUUUCGUGAAGUGCAUAUAAUGAAAAGAUUACGACAUCCACAUAUUAUAAGACUAUAUCAAGUAAUGGAAACGGAGAAAAUGAUAUAUUUAGUGACAGAAUAUGCUCCUGGAGGUGAAAUAUUUGAUCAUCUUGUUCGAAAUGGUAGAAUGCUAGAACCAGAAGCACGAAGAAUUUUUCGUCAGAUUGUACUUGCCGUUCGUUAUCUGCAUCAACAAAGGGUGGUUCAUCGAGAUCUUAAGGCUGAAAACUUGUUACUUGAUGCAGACAAUAAUAUAAAACUUGCUGACUUUGGAUUUAGUAAUGAAUAUACACCUGGUGUUCCACUUAAUACAUGGUGUGGCUCACCACCUUAUGCUGCACCUGAAAUUUUUGAGGGAAAGCAGUAUGAUGGUCCAAGGGCUGAUGUAUGGAGUCUCGGUGUUGUCUUGUAUGUAUUAGUUUGCGGUGCUCUACCAUUUGAUGGAGCUACAAUGCAAUUGUUACGAUCUGUAGUUGUCUCAGGGAAAUUCAGAAUACCAUAUUUUAUGUCUGCAGAUUGCGAAAAAUUGAUUAGGCACAUGUUAGUGGUAGAACCAGAGCGGCGUUUAAAUAUCUCACAAAUAUUAACACAUUCUUGGAUGUGUGGAACUGGAGUCGUAGAGUUAGAACCUGGAGGAUGUAGUCCUGACAUAGCACCACAAUUCAAUCAAGCAGUGAUGGAUACUAUGAUACUAAGAUUACCUGGACUUAGCACAGAUACGUUGUUACAAGCCAUUAAAGGAAAUACUUUUGAUCAUGUAUCAGCUAUAUACAAUUUACUUGUUGAUCGACCAACAAUGCCUAAUUUACCCAAUAUCCAAAACAUCCCGGGCGAUUAUUUGCCCGAUGAUGCACAUCAAUUGGAAAAGUUUGGUGAAGCCGAAGCAGAAACAGAAGAAAAAAGUGGUCUUUAUUUGCCUCCUGGAACGCCUUAUCAUACAACAAGAAGACAUACAGUUGGACCUGGUGAUGCAGUGCAUCAGUCUCCUACAUCAUAUCCUUAUAAUCAUAUGUCAGGAUAUCAAACUUUACGACUUCCUAUCCUUCAUUAUAAUAUGGAUCCUCAAGUUCUACCACAUACAAAUUUACCAUUGAAUCUUCCCUUAGUUCAACACCAACCACCUCAAAAUUUCCAAAUAAAAGAUCAGCAUUUAUUGAAGCCGCCUCCUGUAAUGGGUGCCACGGGAGGUUUUGGAAGAAGAGCUUCAGAUGGUGGAGCAAAUCUUCAUAUAUUUCAUCAACAACAAAGUAAUAAUAUUAGCAAUGAUGAAGGUGGCUGGAGUCAACCUGGUAGUAGGGAACAAUUACAAUCUUUACAGAGUGGCAGUUCAGGGUUAGUACAAUGUGCCCAGUCAUUAAGUAUUGGUGUUAGUACUGCAAGUGGAGAUGGGAACAGUAAUAGCAGUGGUAGUAAUAAUGGAAAUAGCGAUAGAAGAAGAAGAAGUGGGCUUAGUACUGUUAUGCAACGACCAGUUAUAAAUCCGGAGCUGGUAAUGGAGGUAGAAGCUAGGAUGAAUAGAGCUUAUCUACCAUCGCGAUUGUUACCAACUCAUCUUAGAGGAUCAACACUUCCACACCACAGGAAAUCUUCAUUAUAUCACACUAGUACUGUAAAUAAUAGAGAUUCGUAUAAGGAACCAAGCAGUCAUGUUGCUACUGAAAGAUACUCCCCUGUUCGUCGAGCAUCAGAAGGAUCGGGUGCUCCUGGACCAGGAAUCCAAGCUCUACAACAAGAGUAUCAACAGUUACAAAGAUUGGCGUCGCCUUCACAUAGUCCUGCAAGUAUUCCGGGAUCUCCUGUGCACGAAAGAGGUGUAGCAGCAAUUACGCAAGGUCUCAGUGGUUUAACUACGGCGCCGGUAGUACAGGGUAGUAUUGUACAUGGUACGCCGGCUCAACCACCAGCAACACCUUUAGAUCUAAGUCCACUUAGGCAUCAUAGAUCACCUGCUACUACUCCUGUGAGUUAUUCCCCUAGUAAUAGUCCAGCGUUGGAUAUGAUACAAGAAGAACAUCCUGUAGAGAUACCAAGGGUACCGCCGCAAAUUUCAGUGACAGAUGUUCUUGGAGGACAAGUGACGUUAAUUAAUUGUUCGCCUUCUCCGUCUCCAUCGCCUGAUUCACUCGAAGACGCAUUACCUCACUAUAACACUCUUCCGAGUUUUCUUAUUUCAGAGCCGUGCGAUCCUUCGAGACCUAGUAUCACACGCGGUAUCGGUAGACCGCUUACUAAUACAAUACCUACCGAAGUCGAAGUUACGUUGUCCGAUGAGUCGAGCAGAUUAAAUUCUGAAGCUAUAUUAGGUCGCGUCAAACAAAUAAUAGACGCAAGAGCGCCACCAAAAGGUUUUAUAUUCUCAACGGAGGAAGUAGAGGGUAGUGGACUUAGUUUAGAAUAUCCGGGUGGCGUACAAAUUGAACUUAGAGUAUGUGAAUCGGAAGAGAGGGAGGUAAAAGGAAUAAAAAUGCGUAGAAUUAGUGGGGACCAAUUGCAAUACAGUCAACUUUGUCAGCAAUUGAUUUCAUGUAUUACUGUUUGACGACAACUAACAAAUAAUGUAACAUUUUUUUAUAUAUUACGUUACAUUCCUAGUGUAACAUACACUGUUCAUCACUGUUUCAGUAUUGCACAUACACGUUGCAUACAUAAUGUUGCAUACACAACAUUGCAUACAAACGGUAUUUUAAAAUUGCCAUUCUUCAUAUAUAUAAUAACAUUAUUGUGUUAUUAUAUUUGUAUGUGUAACAUUCAGUGUAUUAUAUCAUUUUUAAUGUUUAGCUUGAGAGAUAAGAUAAGAGCCAUCUUAUUUAUAACAUAAAGUUGUUUAACUAAGGAGAUUUAUUAGUAUAUUUAUAUCUUCUAAAACAUUUUUGACUAUUAUAUGAAUAUUUAAUAAUUCUCAAAAUUGUAAUAUAUUUUUUAUUUUCUUUAGUUUUAACUAAAGUGCAUAAUUGUUGAAAAACUCAUCAAGUGAAAAAAAUUUUAAUGAGAGAAUUUGUUCAUUAGUAUGUAUUAUUAUACCUAUAGAAUAGGUAUUAACAAUAGUAUUUGUUGUAAAUGUACAGAAUAAAUCACUGAGUCAUCCUACAUGCAGUCUAUUUGCAAUAAUUCAGUACAUGUGCAACAAAUACUAUUGUUUUCUAUUAUAAUUUGCAAUGUUCCUUUUUAUUAUAUAUAUAUAUAUAUAUAUAUUUUCUAUGUUGGAUAUGCGUAGACAGAAACACAAUUUCAAGUUUCCUCAUUUGUAUUAUUGAACAUUUGUUAUAAAAAAAAUCGAAAAAUAAGGACAUUGUUAUUUGUAUUCGGCAAAUGUAUAAACAUACAUUUUUUAUUUCCUUGUGCCACGUACAAUCUACAACAUGAAUAGAUUUAUACGUAUAGCGUAAAACGAUUUUACUGUAGUCACAUUGUGACAAUGUUACAGUAAAUAAAAAUUGAUGAAAAGAUUGUACACAUUAAACUCUAUAUAAUGUGUACUUAAAAUAUAAAAUUAUAAUAUAAACAAAUUAACAUGUGAAUAGCAUCAUUUCUGUUGAAAAUUAUCAUGUAUAAAAAGUACAUGUGCAAUGAUUUUCGGUAUAAUGACAGUAUGUGUGUGUGUGAAUAUAUGAUAUGAUUUUUCUUAUGAAGGCAUAUGAAUUUUCCGUUUAUUGUUACAAAUAUAUGUAAUUUUUUAAUUUUU